AAAUGAAUGGCAGUGUUGUUAUGACAACGACUGACAAUCUCUUAUGAAAUGCUGUUUCAAGUGAUGGUCAGUGCGUGAGAUGACUGACCACUGCAUCACUGCAUCACUGGUGCCAUGAAAUGAGACCAUAUGAUGGCAAAGACAUACCUGUCAUUCAGUGGUGACAUCCACUAUCACGAUCACCUGCACACCACACACCACGUGCUGAGCACACUGUUGGACCAACUCGUGAGUCCAUCACCUGAAGUGUUGGACACGAAGAUUGUGGUGGGCUUUGACUGCGAGUGGAGGGCCAGACCCACCCCAUCGAAAGUGUGUUUAAUUCAGUUGUGUAUCGAUUCAAAUGAAUGCCAUUUAUUCCACAUAUCGGCCAUGAAUUACACGAUUCCUCCACUUCUUGUGCCACUACUGCUAAAUGACAAGUGUCUCAAAGUUGGUCUCAAUAUUGAGAACGACUUCUGGAAACUUCAGAGGGAUUACAAUCUGCCUUUGGAUUCAUUACUCGUCUCUAAUAACAAGUCUGUAAUCGAUCUAAAAGUGAUGGCCAACCAGUUGUUGGGUUUGAGUGGGAACUGGAGUCUGAGUGGACUCUGUGAGCACCUGUUGGGUCAGUCCAUCCGUAAGGAGCAAAGACUCACCGAUUGGUCACAAAAGCCAUUGACUCGUCAACAGCGAGACUAUGCGGCCGUCGAUGCCUUCGCUUCUUAUGAGCUGUACUUCGAGAUUAAGGCCAAUGCUGUGGAUGGUGUCUAACACCACACCACCCCUUAGACCAGUUGACACUUGAAUGACCAUACAUUCAGUUAUAUACCAUACAAUACUUUAUAUACAUUUUAUACACCAUUUGUUCAUUUAUUGCACUUUCAAGCCAUUUGUAACGUAAAGCAACAAAUGACUACAAUAUUAAAUAUAAAGAUACAGGU